GGACUAGAAAGUUGAGGAGGAAAAAAGACGGGUCUCUCUGUCCUUCUGCUCCCUGCAAUCAUGUCUUCAAACACGGCUGCCAGCAUGUUCGGUGGAGCCGGAGGAAGAGGCUCCAGGGUGUCUGUGGCCAGCCUGGCUGGGCUGCGUAAUAUGCUGCGUAACGAGCCGGACAGGGACUCUGCUCCUGGAGCUCAAGCAACACCUGCCGAGGGAGACAAGCAGACACUGCGGGGAUUGAACGACCGGCUGUCAGGCUACCUGGGCAGGGCGAGGCAGCUGGAGAAGGAAAACGACGACCUGGAGAAAGAGAUUGAUGGUGUUUUGGCCCAGAGGAAAACACCUGAGGGGCGCGACUGGGAUGAGGUUGAGAAACCCCUGGAUGAUCUCAAGAAGCAGAUCAAAGACAUCACCAUGGACAACGCCAAGCUGCUGCUCCAGAUUGAAAACACCAAACUGGCCAAUGAAGACUUCAAGAAAAAGCUGGACGAUGAGAAAAGAAAUGAGAAAGAAUUAGAGAAAGAACUGGAUGAUCUGAAGAAAACCAUUGAGGAAACCCAGCUGACCCACGUGCAGACAAAGAAAGAGAUCGAUCUGGUGAAGGAAGAGGUCACUCGUCUCGAGCAGGAACACAAAGAGGAGGUGGAUGUCCUGCGUGAGAAGAUCAAGGACUCUGAGGUGAAGGUGGAGAUUGAGUCUCAAAACUCCGACCUGGCUGAGAUUGUCAACAAGAUCCGCUUUCAGUACGAUAAGCUAGCCAAGAAGAACCUGAAGGACACAGAUGACUGGUACCAGAGCAAGUUUGAAAACAUCGAGGUGGUGGAGGCCCAAAAUGACAAGGAUUUGAACUCUGGAAAGUCAGAGCUCAAGGAACUGCUGAAACAGCGGAAAACUCUGGAAAUUAGGAUCCAGGGUUUUCACAGCAAGAUCCACAAUUUGGAGGAGGCUCUGAGUAGAUCCAAAAUGGAGUACAAUCAGAGCCUGGGCCCCGUCAACCAGAGGAUACUGGACCUGGAGGCGGAGCUGAAGGAGGUGAGGGCACAGGUGGAGCGCCACGUGGAAAACAACAAGAACCUGCUGUGUGUGAAGAUGAAGCUGGAGGCGGAAAUGGAUAACUACCAGCGGCUGCUGCAAGGCAUAACUGCCGACCCCGAAAGCUUGGAGUUUUCUUUAGAAGCUGCGUUGACCAGCGAUCAGCAAAAGCCUGACGAAAUGGCGCCCAAGCAGCAGGAAGAAGUGAGAGAAGAAGCCCCUGUGAGGCAAGAAUCCCCCUCUGACAAAUCCACUCCCCCUAAAACCCCUGAAGUGGAGGAAGGAGACCUCAUGAAGAACAUGAAGGCUGAGGUCAACAACGCAGCAACUCCAGCUGCACCAAGCAAAAAGAAAAAACCCAAGACCAAAAAUAAGAAAGGCUCAUCCUCUUCCUCCUCCUCAUCUUCUUCUUCCUCCUCCUCAUCUUCUUCUUCCUCCUCCUCAUCUUCUUCCUCCUCCUCCUCCUCCGAUGAAGAUGAAAAGCCCAAGAAAGAGAAUGAAGAGGCCAAAGCCUGAUCUUAAAAGCUUUUCUGUC